ACACGCUUGACAACUGGGAAAUCUCCCGCAACAGAGUAACAGGUGUCCCUGUCCAGCUCCGUCCACAGUCGCCGUGUCGGGAGGCUGCACACGCGCCCCGGUCCCAGCAGAUCCAACUUGAAAACCAACAGUUAGUCACUUUUACGCACGACUCCACGAACGAUGCACUCGGCGCAGAAAGACACCACUUUCACUAAGAUCUUCGUGGGAGGUCUCCCUUAUCACACGACCGACUCCAGCCUCAGGAAAUACUUCGAAGUGUUCGGGGAAAUCGAGGAGGCGGUGGUCAUCACCGAUCGGCAAACGGGGAAAUCCCGUGGUUAUGGAUUCGUGACCAUGGCGGACCGGGCCUCUGCUGACCGGGCCUGUAAGGACCCCAACCCCAUAAUAGAUGGCAGGAAAGCCAACGUGAACCUGGCCUACCUGGGGGCCAAGCCCAGGGUCAUACAGCCAGGCUUUGCUUUCGGCGUGCCUCAGAUCCACCCAGCCUUCAUCCAGAGGCCUUACGGGAUCCCUGCUCACUACGUCUACCCCCAGGCCUUUGUCCAGCCCAGCGUCGUGAUCCCUCAUGUCCAACCGUCUGCGGCUACGGCAACAGCUGCCGCCGCCACUUCUCCGUACCUCGACUACACGGGGGCGGCGUACGCUCAGUACUCUGCAGCUGCUGCCACGGCCGCCGCUGCCGCCGCCGCCGCCUAUGAGCAGUACCCGUACGCCGCCUCACCAGCGCCAUCCAGCUACAUGACCACAGCGGGGUACGGCUACGCCGUCCAGCAGCCGCUUGCGACGGCUGCCACCCCAGGAGCUGCCGCCGCCGCCGCCGCGUUCAGCCAGUACCAGCCGCAGCAGCUCCAGACAGACCGCAUGCAGUGAAAGCAGGAAAACUAGAGGUGGGAAGGGCAAAGUUAGGAAGGGGAAGACUGUAGAAACUCAGUGAUUGUCUCUUCCAGGUUUUAUCUUAGCAGUCCUUCAAGCAAAAAACCUGAGGAAAGCAAAAAAAGGAAUUACUGCACAGUGUAUUCUGUUGAAAAUCAGGAUUUUGACACUUGAAUCUAUUUAAAUAUUUAAUAUUUAUUCUGCAGUAAACUAGUUAAGAUUAAACAAAGCACUCGCUGGACCUCAUUGCUCCUGAAAUGUGUAAAUAUAUAUUUCAGUGUAAGGAAAAUCCCAAAGUAGAUUUGUGUCUUAUGAUCAGAUAACUUCCCCACUACUUUGGAAACAAACUGAAACGCUGUGUCUUGGUGCAGUUUUCAGUUUUUCAUAGUUUUGGACCAGUAUUUUGUUCAGUGAAGCUAUGCAGACAUUUAUAGAGAAUUCCAGACUUUGUUGGGAUUCCUCUUUAUUUUCUAACAACUGUUUGGAGUGAGAUAGAUUAGAUACUCUCCGCUAGUUCCUUGAGGAAACUGUUUUGUUUUGGAUGGUACGUAAGACACAUUAGUGAAAUAACAGCUGAUGCUCACCUUUUCUUUCUGUCAAAUGACACCAAGUAAGCUCAAAAAAGGGAAGACACACUGCUGAAUGUUAACUAAAAUGUUUCCUUAUGUGCCUUUUAAAUUAUUCUAUUUAUGUACUAUUUAUAUUUAUUUUGGAGCCUUACAGUUACAAAACCUUUGUUCUUGCAUUAGGAUGAAGCCUACUGUAGAACGUAUCUAUUGGUGAUGCUGCAUUGCUCGUGCUCCAGAACAAUGAUGGAUGUUGAAACUUGGCUUACCAAAGCACUACACUGUGUAUAAAGAACAAAACAUGAGUGGAAAUGUAGCAGUAACAUAUUGAUAUGAAUCAAAUGCUUUUCCUGUAGAUGUAUUAUUGUUUAGAAUAUAUAUUAUUAUUAAUGUUGCUUUUUAUACUUUAGGAGUUUGUUAAAGGUUAUUAACUUUUUACAUUUUUUUUACAUUUGAUGUCUUGACAUUAAAUGUUUUCUAAUGUGAGGAUGUCUGUUUACCUCGCAUUUUUAAUGCAUGCCUCAAAAAAAUGCACAUUUUAUUUGUGAAAUAAAAAGGAAUUUACCUUCA